AUGUCGAGCGCUGAUGGUCAUAGACCUAAGCCUGCGACAGCUAAAUGGGGUGCUGCUUGUGCGCAGUGCUCAACAGCAAAAGCUAAAUGCAUACGGUCAAAUAAUACGCCUGGGUCCAAAUGCGAUAGAUGCGAAAGAUUGGUUAAGAAUUGUACUGAGCAGGUCCAUCGGCCCCGGAAAAAGCGAACAGUCAAACCCUCUCGAACUGCCCAAAUAGAGGAAAGACUUAAUGGCUUGGUCAAUCUCCUCAAAGCAGGCGGCUUGACCAAUGCCGAUCUAGCAACAGAUACUACCUGCAUCCCAACUGAGGCGGACCCUCAUGUCAUUGAUCAACAGAAGCCUUCGACCAAAGAGACUGAACCUUCCUUUAUAUCCAAUACUCAAGGGUGGUCGAUUCCUGAUACUUACAAUUCUUACGCGCCGCCGCAAUGUAUCUGCAGACAGAUCAGUGGAGAAGUUCCUCCUCCGCCGGGUUCAGACCAGGAGCUUCUCAACCUCUAUCGAAAGGAGUUCCAGGCCAUGAACCCCUUCGUCAUUAUACCUCAUGUUGGUUUCCAACGGAUAGAGUCCAUGCGUUAUACAAGAUAUGGCCAAAGUUGUCUAUCUGUACUCGAACAAGAGAGGGAAUAUGAGACAGAUGCACGACUAGUAGCACUCGUUCGUAUACAACACUUGACCGAGCGCAUUUCACAGCUCAACGCCCCCAACGAACCUGUAGAGGAGGUUGCCGGGUUUCCAGCAGCGCCAAUGUCAGCUUAUGUUUCCGCGUUCCAAACCGAGCUCGACAAAAUACGGAACGGGCUACCCCUUGAGCUACAAAAUGACACGCAGAUACCUUUGACGGGGCCUCCCAUGCCGAUGCCCGAGGACACCAGCGCACAAAAUCCCAAUCUGGAACUGUACAAAGCAGACUCGGAGUAUUCGGCGAGUGCAUCCUCCACCGAACCUGGUACGUCGGAUCACAACCUCUGGAGUAUGAGCGCCAUCAAGGUCAGGAUCACAAGAGCAAAGCUGGAGCGGUGGGUAGAGAUAGUUGCGUCUGGAACAGCGGCGCUCAAGAUCCACGAUGGCGAUAUCCGAGACACCGACAUGGAUGACCGGGGUGAGAGCGAUAACGGGAGAGCUACUGCACCUGGUAUAGCACAGCCGGGCAACGAGAUACAUAUGGACGAGUUCGGGAUGUCCGAUUGGAACGAGAUGCCUUGGAAUCCCGAUAUGCUCCAGGGGGUUGACCCUUCAAUAUGCUAUCAAGUCAUAGAGUCAGGAGACGCUGACGGGUCUGAAGCUGCUGCGCCUCUCAUCUAUCCUGAAAUUUCAAUUGUUGACAUAGCACCCCGGAGAAAGGUGGUUUGGGUGUGGAUUUGUACUCUCAUUUUCAAAGAGGCUCUUUGCCACCCGGAAACGUUGAAGCCGAGACCGGACCAGCAUCCGAGCUGGACCUCCUUCUACCUUGUGAAGAGAAAGAAAAGGCUGGAGCGCAUAUUGAGCCAUGCCUUUUUUAAGAAGAAACACAGCGCCUCCUCCAAAUCUACCAGUACACAAUUACCCUCCCGGAGUCCCAUCCAGUUAGCAAAUGUGGACGAGCCCAAAGCCUGGAUAUCGGAUCGAAACUACUGGCUUCUCAGAGACAUUGACGCCGAGAAUCCCCUGUAUGAGAAUGUAUUAGGUCGCCUUGAGUUUUACAGGGUUUUACAGAACGAGCGGUUUCGUGAGGGUCCAUCAGGAGAGAUGAUUGGCCCCAUACGGAAUCUAUUUGUCAGUAAUCCAGAUGGAACGAGCGUAAUGGCAAUCCUGAAGACAGCGAAUCAGUUUCAAGCCCCUGCCCUUCAUGAGCUUUUUGCAAGCUACAUUACAACAAGUCCAACUCCAAGCAUCAAAUUGAAAUUAUCUGAUUUCUGGAACACAAGCUACGUUAUCAGCUUCACUCUGCCAUUUUAUGCGAUUGGUCUCAGUGGAAGACAAGAUAAACGUACGCUUCAUGACCCGGAACGCAAGUUCCGCGCUCGCUACCUCCUGGAUUCUUUGAAUAUACAGGAACUAAGUCCACUUCUAGGACACUCAGAAGACUCAUGCCUAGAGGGAAAACUAGUACUACACGAGGGAGUGUAUUCGUUCGCCACGACCGGUGUGACUGAGGAGCAUUGGACGGCAUACUGCUUUGAUGAUGACUUUUUUGAGAGUGAACCGCGACUAUUAGAGGAGGGAGAAGAACUCGAGAGCUCGGAAGGGUUUGUUGACCCGAUUAUAGUCGAGGUUGAGGUGAAGGACACAGCAAUCCAGUGGCGUCCAAGGCAAUAUUCGCUUGUUGCUUUGGCGAUUCAACUCGACAAGAUCCAUGGACAUCACGCACGCAUACAUGAUGUGUUCAAACACAGUCUGGACUCCUAUACACCCAGUACCAGAUACGGCCCCAGCAGGAACCUUAACCCCUCGAACAAACAAGACUGGAAACAGUUCCCUGAACUAUUGAGCAAGGUGACAUUCUAUAAUACUAAGAUCAUCGAAGAAGUCGAGAACUUCCUGGAGAAUGAUGUCCAGUUGAGCUCAGUCAGCGUUCCUCAAGGGGAGCUCUGGCAGAGUCUACGAAGUGACGUCAAAGCUCUAAAGGCUUUACGUGCAAUCGAGGGAAUACUCAAAGGGCUGAAAGACAUUGGAGACAAGCUUGAGGAGACAAAGAGAUCGUUCAAGGAACUCAGGCGUGAAAAGAAGCUCGAUCGUGCAGAUGAGCAGCAAAUCAGAGAAGAACGAUCAAAGGAGCUCGCAGUUGCAGCAGUUCAUGGUUCGUUUGGCGAGGAGAUUUUUACAUUGGAUACGGUUACGGUAUCGUUAUGUGUCUGCGUUCUUUGUCGGGGCCAUAACGAGGUUUUUGAGAAGAGAGGACCCAGGACUUCCUAUGUAAGAGUCACUUCAGGAUUUACGAGUCCCAACGGACUUUCCUACCUACGUUAUACGUACGGUUUAAGGAGAGGCCAUUCAGGAUGUGCUUACACAGUCAAAUACAACAUGUACGUUUCAGGCUAUGCGAGAACUGGUCACCAGAACUAA